CGAAGUGCUUUGCUUUCUUACCGUGAGACAUACUGACUGAGCCUACUCCGGUCGCGUGUCUUGCCAUCCAAGCACACCCCCCUUUUUGGCCUCCUUUCCAACACAAUCGCGCUGCAUACAUGAGGUGAAAGCAUUUCCCGAACUUCUACCGCCAUUCUACUGUAUCGCAGGACCGCAUUAGCUCCGCACCGAGCAGUGGAUCAUUACUGGACUGGGCCCCACCAGAAACCGAUCGCUCCGCUCAAUUACUCAUUCACGGGCACCAACACAAAAAAAAGGGACGAAAAACUCUCACAGACAGGUUGUUGAGGCCUCGCAUCAAGCACCUUUCUGCUGACGAACCCCGACGCUCUCGGAUAUCUCCUUCUGUUUUCGCACCCAGAAUCCUCAGACCCCUGUGUACGGCGGGCACGGUAGCACCACAACAAUGGCCUUCGAACUCAAAGAUAAGGGCAAUCAGCUCUACAAGGCGGGCGACUAUGCCGGUGCGGAGGAGAUGUUUUCUCAAGCUAUCCAAAAGAACCCGAAAGAGCCUACGUUCUUCUCCAACCGGUCGAUCACCCGCAUGAAGCUCGAGAACUGGGCCGGCGUCGAGCAGGACGCGCGCGCCGCGAUCGACUUGUACGGCGCGAAGAACCCCGCCAGCCUGAAGAGUCGCUACUAUCUGGCGCAGGCCCUGUUGGAGCUGCAACGGCCGCAGGAGGCGCACGAGGUCGCGACGGAGGCAUACCAGGCGAGCCUGGCGGCCAAGAAUGUGCAGUCGGAGAAUCUGUCCAAGACGGUCCUGCGCGCGAAGCAGCAGCUGUGGGCAGCGAAGGAGGCGGCCCGCGUGCGGGAGAUGAACGGCACUCUGGCGAGUGUGGAACGGUUGAUCGAGGCGGACCUGCAGCGAGCACUGGAGGACCUCCGGGGACAGUUGGACCGCGGGGAGAUCGGCCAGAUCGGUUUCUCGGAGGACCAGAAGGCGCUCCGGGAGGAUACGGAGAAGACGCUACAGGUGUUGCGGGAGACGUUUGCCAUUGCGUCGAAGGGAGAGGUUCAGGAACGGGUUGUACCCGAUUACCUCAUCGACCCGAUCACAUUCGAGAUCAUGCACGAUCCGGUGAUUACCCCGUCCGGGACCAGCUUCGAGCGUGUUGCGAUCACCAAGUACGUGGAACAGUCCAAGGUCGACCCGAUCACGCGCGUACCCAUGACAGCGGAUGACCUCCGGCCCAACUAUGCGUUAAAGGGGGUGUGUGAGGAGUUUUUGGAGAAGAACGGCUGGGCGGUUGACUGGUAGAUCUUGAACUGUACUUCGAAAUUUUGAGUCUUUUUUGAGCGCAGUUGGUCAAGUUACAAAUUGGUUGGGCGUUGGUGGAUGGAUCAGAUGCUAGAGUUGUCAUUCUGUUUUUCCCUUUCUGUGUUCAUAUUCCGGUGUUAAUUUAUCAUCCCUAGAUGCACAUAGGCAUAAAGCUGUC